AUAAAAUUUUUGAAAGGACUUCAGAUUUCAUUAAUCAUUUCAGAUCAUUAUGAAUAGGCUGAAAAGCAGUUGACUCUAAAAAUGUUAUUCUGGAUCUAUGCUGGAACCAUUGUCCUUUUGCAAUUAUUAUGCCAAGCUAAAGGGCCAUUGGUGCGGUUGGCAUUGAAUCAAACUAUUGAUACACAAACCAGAGGAACGCUUCAAAUUUAUCACAAUGGUGAAUGGGGUUACAUUUGUGACAGUGGAUUUGAUGAGAAUGCUGCCAAAGUCGCCUGUCGAGAAUUAGGGCUGUCAACGAAAUAUGUUGCACCAGCAUUCAGUUGGGGAGAAAAUGGCAUAGCACACCCGAAGAAUAUGCGAUGUAGAGGUGAUGAGCCCAGCUUGUUUGAUUGUUCUGCUAACAAUAGGAGCUAUUGUCCCAGCCUUGGGAACAACAGGGUAGAGAUCACCUGUGAUAGUGUUUGCCCUCGUAUGAAAUACGGUGACAACUGCAAAGAAGACUGUCCAUGUAAGAGAAUAAAUACCGAAUCUUGCGAUAUGGAGACUGGAGAAUGUGUUUGUAAGCCAGGGUAUACCGGGUUCUCCUGCAAUUGCCAAGUUGGCUCUCACUCCUGUAACACAACCGUUUCUGAUUGCUACGAGGAAUCGAGUGAAGUAUUCUGUAUUUGUAAGAAAGGUUUCACAAAUUCAGAGUACAAUUGUACCGACAAUAUAAGACUUAACUCCAAAGGAAUCGUGCAAGUCUUCGAAGGUGAUAGAUGGGAUGGUAUCUGUAAUGACAAUCUUAAGAGAAAUGCUCGAGUUAUUUGCCAUCAUCUAAACAAAAGCACGGAAUUCAUAUAUUCAACUUCAAAGUUUCAGAACUUUAGAUACGCCGAGAAGUCGGUCAAUUGUACAGGGACAGAGGAAAUGCUGUCUGAAUGUCCUUUUAAAACGGACUCUUCAUGUCCUUACAGUCCAGUCGUCUACUGUGGUGAUUGUCCAGACUGGAAAUAUUCAGACGACUGCUCAAAGACAUGUGAUUGUGUCAGGGAAGCAAGUACUGGGUGUGAUUUCAGAGACGGGACCUGUUCUUGUCGUGACGGUUUCAAAGGGGAGGACUGUAGUUGUCACCUGUCAACAGCUCCUUGCUCGGGAGCAUAUUCCAAUUGUAAAUUUGACAGGUGUGUCUGCAAAGAAGGAUCCUUUAAUCAGUCAGCGUCUUGUUCAGAUUUAUCAGAUGUCAUCGGGUUUUGCACUUUUGAAAAGGAAUCAUGGGAGGAUACCUGCAACUUUAUAACUUCAAAUCCACGUUUGAGACUUAACUCCUAUGGUUCAAUGUUUGGAGUGGAAUGGAGACCGAAGACAGGAUCAGAUGAUUUAUAUUAUCUCUUUCAAGAUACAAGCGAUUUACUAUUAACCUUCCUGUUAAUCGAUUCAUCCUCUACUGAUAUGAUUAUAACGUUGAAUGAAAAGCGUAAGUUAAUUUUAUUUUUGUGAUUAUUUUGAGUUCAA